CGUGACAUCGCCGUGACGUCACGCCGAGCGCCGCCUCACGGCGCGUGGCCGCGGCCCGAGGUCACAGCGCAGCCACGCUGGGACAUCAAGCUGAGGACCCCGAAACUGCCUCCGCUGCCGUAGGAAAGGAGCAGUGAGUCCCACAAGGAUCCGUGCCCCGAGCCAGCAUGACGAGUGAGGUGGUGGAAAAUGAGUUUGAGUUUUACUCCAAGGCAGAGAAGUACUGGAAGGAUGUGCCCGCCACAGUGGACGGCAUGCUGGGGGGCUACGGCCACAUCUCCAGCAUCGACAUCAACAGCUCCAGGAAAUUCCUGCAGCGCUUUCUGCGGGAUGGCCCCAACCGAACGGGAACAACCCGCGCCCUGGACUGCGGGGCUGGCAUCGGCCGCAUCACCAAGAGGCUGCUGCUGCCCCUCUUCAAGACUGUGGACAUGGUGGAUGUGACCGAGGACUUCCUCACCAAGGCCAAGAGCUACCUGGGGGAGGAAGGCAGGCGGGUGCGCAACUACUUCUGCUGUGGCCUCCAGGACUUCAGCCCUGAGCCCAAUUCCUACGACGUCAUCUGGAUCCAGUGGGUCAUUGGACACCUCACUGACAACCACCUCUCUGACUUCCUGAAGCGAUGCCGUGCCGGCCUGCGGCCCAACGGCAUCGUGGUCAUCAAGGACAACAUGGCUCAGGAGGGUGUCAUCAUGGACGAUGUGGACAGCAGCGUCUGCAGGGACCUGGAUGUGGUCCGUAAGAUCAUCCGCCGGGCCGGGCUGCACCUCCUGGCAGAGGAGCGCCAGGAGAACUUCCCCGAUGAGAUUUACCAUGUCUACACCUUCGCCAUGAGAUGAAGGUGCUGAUGGGAGGAGGUCUCUCCAGGACCAGGACAGCCGGUUCCUGCCGGGGUCAGGAGGGGUGAGGACUGUGCCUUCAGCGCGGGGCAGCGAGGGCGUUGCGACUCCGUCUGUGUGGGGCUGGUGGUGAGGAUGGGGCUUCGUCUUCCGAGUUGCUGCUGUUUGUGAAAAGAGGUGUUUGCCAAAUACAUUUUUCCUGCUGUUGGACUGAA